AGAACUGGUACAUGGCAAGUCACCAGAAGGUGUGCCAUUAAAGCCAGUGGUGAAGAGCGGUGGCAGCCCAGUGACCAGGAGACGAGAUCCGUGCAAGAUGAAGAUGUUUCUGUCUCUUCUGUUGGUUGCCAUCGCUUGCAUGGAGUUCGCGCAAACCUUGCGAUGUUACACUUGCUAUGAACCUACCGCUGUUGAAAAGUGCAUGAAGAUCCAGAACUGUAUGAAGAAUGAAACCAUGUGCAAGACGACCAUGUAUUCCCUGGAGGAAGUUUAUCCCUUCACAGGAGUCUUGACUGUCACCAAGAUGUGCUCUUCCAUCUGCAUCCCAUCCGAUGUGGACGGGAUUGGCAUGACGCGCCCCGUCUCCUGCUGUUACUCUGACUUGUGCAACUUUGAUGAUGGUGCAGCUAGUUUGAGGAUCAGCUUUGUGCCAGUUGGGAUGCUAGCAAGUUCCCUUUGUGUCCUCUUCUGGACUAGACUGUGAGGAGCUGUUGGGGGGCUCUUUCAUGCUGAAGAACCCAACAAAGAAGAGAAUAAACCUCUGCCAGCCCAGCUUUCUGUUUGGGUGCCUCAUGGAGAACCCUCAAAAACUCCCAGAAAUUGCUUUUUUAGUACUUCCCCUUUUCCCACAACCAAGAGAGAAGCAAAACUCAGGAGGUCCCGACAAAAAUUUUUGAAUUGACUCAACAACUCCCGCAAAACUAACUAUGGAAUUUCUUUGCUGUGCUGGUCUGGUUGGUUUUGAACUAAAAAAUUCUGCUGUAUGAAAUAUAUUUAAAGCAAGAAACCUUGUGCUAAGAGCCUCCUGUACCUCCUUAGAGCAUUUUUCCCCCAGUGUUAGCCAGCAGAGUAGUUGAAUUGACCAGUCUUCUCAGAUGAAAUUCAGUUGUGUGGCAGAUCCUCUCUGCCCCACAGUUUUGUGCUGGCUCUUUGUGCUGUCUGAUCUCCUUCUUUGUACAUAAGAAAUUAAGGAGACUAAACUUCCCGUGCCAGUGACCUGAU